CAUGAUAAAGUGGAAGUCACCAGUAACUUCUUGGGAGCCAUGUGGCUGAUCUCCAUAACCUUCCUGUCUAUUGGUUAUGGAGACAUGGUGCCCAACACAUACUGUGGGAAGGGAGUGUGUCUUCUUACUGGGAUCAUGGGGGCCGGUUGCACUGCCCUAGUGGUGGCUGUCGUGGCCAGGAAGCUAGAGCUCACCAAGGCUGAAAAGCACGUCCAUAACUUUAUGAUGGACACUCAACUCUGCAAAAGAGUGAAAAACACGGCUGCUAAUGUACUCAGGGAAACAUGGCUAAUCUACAAACAUACAAAGCUUGUGAAGAAGAUUGACCAUGCCAGGGUCAGGAAACAUCAGCGCAAGUUUCUGCAGGCCAUUCACCAACUGCGAAGUGUGAAGAUGGAGCAAAGGAAGCUGAAUGAUCAAGCAAACACACUGGUGGACUUAGCAAAGACACAGAAUGUGAUGUACGACCUGGUCUCAGAGCUGCAGGAGCGCAGCGAGGAGCUGGAAAAGCGGAUCGGUCACCUAGAGACAAAACUGGACUCCAUAAACAACAGUCUGCAGGCUCUGCCUGGCCUGCUCUCACAAGCCAUACAGCAGCAACAGCACCACCUGCUGGACGGGCUGACCCAGCGUGGAUUCACUCUCACGCGCCCCUCCUCGCAGACCUCCGAUCGCUCCUGGGCGUCAUCCGUGCACCGGCGGAGAUCACCCUCUACUGCACCACACACGUCCUCUGAUAGCGGCUAGCACGCUCACACACUCAAAAUCAUACUCUAAUCCUACACACACACUCCUACACACCUCUAUCACCAACUAACACUGCUAAAUAUACUUUUAGUACUGAAACGUUAAUAAGAAUGACAACUUCAACACACUGGAAUAAAAAUGUAAUGAAUUAACUCAUCAUGGUAGAGAUAUGGUUUAUGUUUAGCCAUUGUAUGGCUGUUUAACGUUAGCUUUUUUGUAAAGCCCUUGUAUAGUAUGGACUGGAUUCAGACUGCAGGGGGUGAAAUUCUGUUUGGAAACAGAAAAUUUAAUGGAGCUAACCUCAUGGAAAUACAGAGGAUUGAAAAGGAAGGAAAAAUGGGAGAGGAAGUCACCAGACAGGCAGACAUUAAAGAUAUAUGCUAAGUUCUGAAUAGCAUACUAGCAUGCUACUUACUCUUACUGCAGUAUAUAUUUGUAUACAGUAUGCAAAUUGUCUGUAUGCAUUAAAAUUCCCUGGCAUUUAUCAGAGAACAGUGCGUUGAAUACCGUACCUAUAUCAAGUUUUCUUUUUCAGUGUUAGUAGUUUUAAGUAUAAAACAUUUUGACAUUAAAACAAGAUAUUUUUUACCCAAAAUUCAGUUAACCCUCAUGUUGUCCUUGGUCAUUUGAGACCAAAUAAAAUGUAUGUUUUGAAAUGUUUACAUUUUUUACAAUGGAACAAAACUUGGGGACUUUUGUGGCACUUGCUAAACAGCUAAACAUACAAUCCCUAGUAAAAAAAAAAAAAGUAAUGUAUUUAAAAUACAUUUAUUUCAUAAAAAU